AUGUCUAUCAUUUGGAAUGGUGCCUUAUCAUAUGGUCAUAAUGCAUUUCAAACAUACCUUCAGGACUCCUAUAUAGCAUCCAACAAUGCUACAGGAUAUGACUAUGUAGUUGUCGGUUCGGGCCCAGGAGGUGGCCCACUGGCAGCACGAUUGGCUAUUGCAGGCUACAGAGUCCUUCUUAUUGACGCUGGGGAUGACCAGGGCAAUGCAACUAAGCAGCAGGUGCCCGCACUACAGUUGCAGUCGACUGAAUAUGAGCCAAUGCGUUGGGAUUAUUUCGUCAACCAUUACUCCAACUUGACCCGUCCGGAGGAAGAUUCAAAGAUGACGUAUAGAACCUCGUCUGGAGAUCUUCAUGUUGGCCCCAAUCCCCCUGCUAAUUCGGAGCCACUGGGAAUUUUCACAAUCCUUGCCCAUGACAGUGACUGGGAUAAAACUGCGUCUGCUACGGGUGACGACUCUUGGUCAGCCGAGAAGAUGCGCGAUUAUUUGAAACGGCUGGAGCGUAAUCGCUAUUUAACGAACAGAACUACUGGGCAUGGUUUUAAUGACUGGCUCACCACUAGUCUAACACAGUUGAAGCUGAUUGUCAAUACUAUGACCGGCUUUGGUGAUAUUCUGCUCCGAGACCUCAACAACAACGAUGCGAAUUAUGAUCAGCAAGCCGGUCUGUUCCAGGUGCCUCUCGCUGUAGACAUUCCUGGAUAUAGACGUACAGGUCCCCGUGACUUUUUGAUGGGCACACGCAAAGCUCUGAACACUCUUGUAACCAAUGUACGCUUUGAGACAUCUGGUGAUGAGCCUAGGGCAACUGGGUUGGACUAUAUCACGGGUCGGAGUUUGUACAGAGCGGAUCCACACUCGGAAAAUGCAUCUGAGGUCAUCUUGUCUGCAGGCACAUUCAAUACCCCUCAGCUGUUGAAGCUUAGUGGCAUUGGACCCAAGGAUGAGUUGAACAGAUGGAACAUCUCAGUGCUUGUUGACCUUCCUGGUGUUGGCUCCAACCUCCAAGAUCGCUAUGAGACUGGCUUGGUUGGGAAGACACCCACGGAUUUUACCCUUACGACCAAGUGCACAUUCAUAGAUAGCCUACCAGACCCUUGUCUUGAACAGUGGCAAGAUAAUGCCCUGGACAAAGGCACAUACACAACUAACGGCAUUGCGAUUGCCACCAUCCGGAGGUCCUCUGCUUCGGAUAGAGAGCCCGACCUCCUCAUACCCGGAGCCCCUGUCAACCUCCAAGGAUAUUUCCCUGGGUACUCUUACGAAGCUCUGAAAAAUGCUCAGUAUUGGACUUGGAUUACCUUGAAGUCUCACAGUCGCAAUAAUGCGGGCACGGUGGAGCUCAGAUUUACAGAUCCUAAAGACACCCCGAUCAUUAACUUCAACUCGUUCGAUACCGGUGUCACAGAAGAUGAUGCAGACGACAAAGGCUUACAGGCGGUGUACGAGGCUAUCGAGUUUUCUAGGAAGAUUUUUGUAUGGCCAGGGCCCAAUGUCAUGACUGAAGCAGAGUUGAAAGAGUUCAUCAAGAGAGAGGCAUGGGGCCAUCACGCUUGCUACACCAACCCUCCCAGCCCCGAUACUAACAGAUAUAGCGUGUUAGAUUCUCGCUUUAGAGUGCUAGGUGUCGAUGGCCUCCGAGUAGUAGACGCGUCGGUUUUCCCUAAGACACCAGGAUACUAUAUCGCGCUGCCCACCUACAUGGUCAGCGAAAAGGCAGCUGAUAUGAUCCUCUCUGAUGCUGCUUGA